GGCUCCGUUUUGGGCUGCGAGCGCCGGCCUGGGCGCUCAGGGCCGGGGGGGUCUCUGGCUAGCGCGCUUAUAGGGCCUGAGAAGGUAGCGGGGCGGACAGAGGUUACCAGCAUUUCUAGCAGUCAUUUAGCAAACUGCUUAAAACUGAUUUCUCUUUUACUAGAUUUAAUUCCCGAACAGACGUGUGUAAUGCAUAUAUCAAAUGGUAACAAGCCCCAUUUUUAUGUGCGUAGAGCUACUGAAGUAGCAGGCAGGCUGUAACCAAAAGACACUGAUAAACAGGAACGCGAAUUGCUUUGAAGGGCUUAAGAUUGUGUAAAAAAGAUGUUUCCUUUAAAAGACACUGAGAUGGGUGCCUCCACCUUCUUCGCCUCAGCUCUGCCACAUGAUGUUUGUGGAAGUAAUGGCCUUCCUCUGACACCUAACUCCAUCAAAAUUUUGGGGAGAUUUCAAAUCCUUAAAACAAUCACCCAUCCCAGGCUUUGCCAGUAUGUUGACAUUGCCAGAGGUAAACAUGAGAGACUGGUUGUGGCAGCUGAACACUGUGAAAAGAGUCUGGAAGAUUUGCUACGAGAAAGCAAGCCGGUCAGUUCUUCGAGGAUCUUAUGCAUAGCAUAUGAGGUUUUGCAAGGUUUGCAAUAUAUGAACAAACAUGGAAUGGUCCACCGAGCACUCUCCCCUUGCAAUAUUCUUUUGGAUCGAAAGGGACAUGUGAAGUUGGCUAAAUUUGGACUCUACCAUAUGACGGCUCAAGGUGUUGAUGUUGAUUUCCCUAUAGGGUACCCAUCAUAUCUGGCACCUGAAGUAAUUGCACAGGGAAUGGUCAAACCAAGUGAUCAUACUCAGUGUGAGAAGCCUCUGCCUUCUGGCCCUAAAUCAGAUCUGUGGUCUCUUGGUAUAAUAUUGUUUGAGCUUUGCAUGGGAAGAAAAUUAUUCCAGAGUUUGGAGAUAGCAGAGAGAUUGAAAUUUAUAAUUAUGUUAGGCUGUGUAGAUGAUAUUGUAACUGUAUUGGCUGAAGAACAUGGUUGCCUUGAUAUUAUUAAGGACCUUUCUGAAAAUAUCAUAGCUCUGCUGAAGAAAUGCCUUACAUUCCAGCCUUCUAAGAGGCCAACUGCAGAGGAAUUGCUGCAUGACAGUUUGUUCGGUGAAGUAUCCUCAGUAUAUCCUCCCUUCCACAAACCUGCUGGUCUGUUCUCGUCUUCUCCAAGGUGUGCUAAUUUAACGCUUCCUGAAGACAUAAGUCAAUUAUGUAAAGACGAAGAUGGCGAUUACCUAGCAGAAAGAUCAAUUGAAGAGGUUUAUUAUCUCUGGUGUUUGGCUGGAGGAGACUUGGAGAAAGAACUUGUCAACAAGGAAAUCAUUCGAUCAAAGCCACCUGUCUGCACACUUCCCAACUUUUUAUUAGAAGAUGGUGAGAGCUUUGGGCAAGGACGAGAUAGAAGUUCCCUCCUAGAUGACACAACUGUGACUUUGUCUCUCUGCCAGCUCCGAAAUAGACUGAAAGAUGUUGGUGGGGAAGCAUUUUAUCCAUUGCUUGAAGAUGACCAGUCAACUUUAUCUCAUUCAAAUAGUAGUAAUGAGCUGUCUGCAGCUGCUAGUCUUCCUCUGAUCAUCCGGGAGAGGGACACAGAGUACCAGCUAAACAGAAUUGUCCUGUUUGACAGGCUGUUGAAGGCCUAUCCAUAUAAGAAGAACCAAAUUUGGAGAGAAGCCAGGGUUGACAUCCCUCCUCUUCUGAGAGGCAUAACCUGGGCUGCCCUGUUGGGUGUUGAGGGUGCCAUACAAGCAAAAUAUGAUGCCAUUGAUAAAGACACACCAAUUCCUACAGACAGACAAAUUGAAGUUGAUAUUCCUCGUUGCCAUCAGUAUGAUGAAUUGCUGUCAUCACCAGAGGGUCAUGCAAAGUUUAGACGUGUAUUGAAGGCCUGGGUUGUUUCCCAUCCUGAUUUGGUGUACUGGCAAGGUCUUGACUCUCUUUGUGCACCGUUUCUGUACUUGAAUUUUAACAAUGAAGCUCUGGCAUAUGCCUGCAUGUCUGCUUUUAUCCCAAAGUAUUUGUAUAACUUCUUUCUGAAGGAUAAUUCUCAUGUUAUUCAAGAAUACCUGACAGUGUUUUCCCAGAUGAUUGCAUUCCAUGAUCCAGAGCUGAGUAACCACCUUAAUGAAAUUGGUUUUAUUCCAGAUCUUUAUGCUAUUCCUUGGUUUCUUACAAUGUUUACACAUGUCUUUCCUUUGCACAAAAUUUUUCAUUUGUGGGAUACAUUACUACUUGGAAAUUCCUCCUUCCCCUUCUGUAUUGGAGUUGCAAUACUUCAACAACUGAGGGAUCGUCUUCUGGCUAAUGGAUUCAAUGAAUGCAUUCUCCUUUUUUCAGACUUGCCAGAGAUUGAUAUUGAGCGUUGUGUUCGUGAGUCGAUCAACCUGUUUCGCUGGACUCCGAAGAGUGCUACGUACAGGCAAUAUGCACAGCCUCCACGGCAAGCCAGUGAGAGCAACGGCACAAGAAGUUCAAUGUCCUGCUUUUCAGCAGACUAUCAGGAAGCACCUCGAAGUGACCUAGUGUGGCAGGUAGACUCCCAGAAAUCCCAAGGCUGAUACAAUUAUGCCUUCAUCCUGGUCUUUUACUGCCAACUCUCUUUUCAAGUAUGGGACUUCCUGAUGAAUGUUGGGGAAUGAAAGCAUUCAACUGGAGAAAAUUCUACCAGAUGAUUAUUGAUCCUUGCACUGAUUUAAAUGCCACCAGUCUGGUUCAGCUUUUUGGUUUUGAUGAAGUAGGAGAAAUACCUGAGUGGGAAGGUGACUUAAUGGCUUGAUGAAACAGCACAAACAUGAAAAACGUUUGUUUAUAUCAAAAACAGUGAGCAAAGUUUCCUGAUGGUAACUUUUCCUUGCAGAUAAUAAAGGAUAGCUUGUGUGACAGACUUCUUACAGAUGGGAAUUCAGGCCUAUUUGCAAUAAAUACGCCAGUGCUCAGUUGCUUCUAAUUUCCUAUGUGCAGCUAGGAUAUAUUUAUCCAUACAAAAUGUAUUGGCUAGGUUUAUAUUAAGCCCUCAUAUAACUGGUGUGUAAAGUCCAUCUAUUCUUCUAAAAGAAGCAUGAUAAGUACUGUAUACCAACAUUUCUCUUUCAGUCUACAAGCUAGGAAAUGUCCAAGUGCAGUGGUGCAAUGUCCAUAUUGCUGUUCAUAAGGCUGUUUAUAUAUAUUCUGCCUCUAGGGUCUUCUGACUGCCUUGAUACAUUUCAGGUUUGUUUGGUGUUCUGUUUUUACAGGCAACUUGGUUUUGUUUUUUUCUUUCAUUGAUCUACUACUCAAUAGAAAGCUGUUCCUCAGAUUUGUCUUUAGUUCAUGUUGUGCAAAGCGCUAACUGAUCAAGACCUGAGUUAAUGUUUCUAAUUUAUUUUGCAUGUGCCUUCGAUGCUUCUGUUUUUCUGAUUGUAGCUGCCAACAGCUUGAGUGAGUAGUUGGGUUUGUCAUUUCUGAGAUGAGAUGGUUAAAAUACACUUUUCUAUGUCACUCUCCUGUGAGUGAAUAAAUUCACUGUUUAAUUGGGCAUGUCAUAAGCUCAUCACAUUCUGGUAAAUAUUUUUAGGAAUUGUUGAAAGCUUCAAAACUUUCUUGGUGUAUUUGUUAGCUUAUCAAAUAUUUUUUUUGAUACUCAAAGCCAGGCAGCCAGCAACCAAAAAGUGGGACAUGUAAGGAAACCUCUGCUUCCAGGGCUUUGGUUCUGCAGAUUAAAUUAGCUGAAGGAAGUCUUUUUUUAGUACUUUAUUUACUCUGCUUGGUUUUAAAUGUUUUUUCUUAUGUUUUAGGACUUUUUCUGGUAGAAGAUAAGGCAAUAAAUCAAUUACCAGAGUGGAUAGAACAGGAAAUACAUGGUUUAGGAAAUAACUGAUGUUAAAUGUUAAUUUAAGAGUCUCUAAUGAAUGUUGUGGUUGGUUUUUAAGUUGUAAUAUAAAUAGCAAUUAUUUUAAUUGAACGUAAACUCAUUGGAACAAAUGUGGUUUUUUUCUUAGUCGAGGCAGAAUUAAAGGAGUAUGUUUAUAAUAAUCUAAAUAUUAUUUAUAUGAGACUAUAAUAGUUUUGUUGGACAGUCACUUCGAUCAUAUUUAAGGAUUGUAAACAUAUU